CACGCCAUGGAUAAACUGGCUUCCAAUGUGGUCACCACUUUUACGCUGAAUGACGCGUUCAAGCCGGUGGAGGCCAGCAGCUCAAACCAUGUUACUAUCCAGUUCGCCCGUCAGCAAGUCCCUGUUGAUCUAGUCAAGCCAGUUUUCGACGAUCCCACGGGCGCUCAGCCUGACAUGUUUGCGGAUCUGCCACCACGCCGCUCGUCUCUAAAUGACUUAGGGAAUGCGCAUCUCACGGCUUCAUUGGGGGACUAUCUGGGUCACGGUCACUGCGGUUUAGUCUAUGCCCUCGAAGACAUGCACGUUACUGGAGCCCCUGAUGGGGUUGCGUUUCCCCCACUGGUCGUAAAGAUCGCGCGUCUCAACCGUGUCGCGUCGCUUCUCCGUGAGACGUGGUUUUACGACGAGAUGGAGUGCCUGCAGGGCGUGGCAAUCCCAAGGUGCUAUGGCUACUUUGAGGCCGAGUUUUCUGAGAAUGGCAGCGAGAAGGCAUUGCUGCAGACGCUAUUCAAGAAAUUUCCCGGUGCCGACGAGAGUGAGGGGAAUCCCACCGUCGAGAGAGACAGAUGCCGAGGACCGCUGCAUCCUCUUCUUGAAGAACGAGACUCCCACAGCAGAGUUGUUGCCGUGCUCAUUUUGGAGAAGCUUGGACCCCGGCUUCCAGUAGGUGUUGCCGUGUCGGAGGAGACUCGUGAAGAUAUAAGGGGUCUCUAUGAAGAGAUUGGCCACCUAUGCAUUGAUAAUGUCGAAGAUAUUCGAUACAAGAACAUCCUGCAGGCUCCUGCACCGCCGCCUGGUCUCCCUUCUCUCCCUUCUCCGUUUACUAAGCGAGUUCACAAGUGGAGGCUGGUCGAUUUUGAACUGGCCAUGCAAGUCAAUUACUCCAUCAGUAACCUCGAGGUCCAGUAUCUCACGGAACUCGAUGGAAUCUUUUACGACAUGGAGCAUGGAUGUGAGGAAGACUACGAAAAUCUCAUGGACGACGACGAAGAAGAUAGUUUGGAAUGGCGUGAUAGGCCUGUAAUUCCGUUGAUGCUAUUCACUUGGAAUGACGUGGAGUAGGUUUCUACCCAUUAUACGCAAGAAUUUAAUCGAACACAUCUAGUGUGCGAUGUCAUACAUGUGUGGCGUCACUAUUCGCUGCCUUCGGUACUGCCCCUAAGACACUCACGAGAUUAUCAAGCAGCGCCUCCAAACGUUCCAGCCGAUUGUCGAAGGACGAGAAGCGCUCUUGUAACUUGAGAAGCGUCUCUUUGACGGAACCGUUGGAGGUCGUUUCUGCGAGCUCCUUUGAUGCUCGUUGAUAGAGCAGAAGGUUGUGCUUGAAAGAAUGGACUGCGAGUCCUGCAGACCCGCUUUCAUCUCCGCUUCCUCUCUUGGGCCUGUCUGCAGCGUCUCCGCCGCCUGCCUCGAUAUCGCUUGCAGCGCCCUCUUCCUUGCUAGCAGAGGUGUACUCCGCCGGAGUGGCUUCCGACUCUUCCGCAGCCUCGCCAUUUGCAGCCGCCAAAUUGGAAGAACCGGCGCCCUCAGCGUCGUUCAAAGGAGGCUGAGCGGGAUCAUCUUCCCUGUCUUCUCCGGUAUUGUUCGCGGCAGAGCUCUGAGCGUCGCCGCUAUUUGCAGCGUUAGAGCGGCUGGCGGCCAUGGCGAAAGCGUAUGCCGCGAACGAGAGCUCGUCCUCUUGGGCCAGUGCGUCCUCCUUUUCCACCUUACAUUUCAUGCAUAUGUAGGCGUUUCCUGCGCAAUCAAUGCAAUGCCAGAACGGAGCCUGGAGAAGCCUCGCGGACAGUAAUGGCAGUUGUAUGUG